UCAGCUUCGACUCCUCGACUCUCCGCUGUUUCUGUUCGCUCUCAGUGGAAGAAGAAGAAGCAUCUUCACACCGCCUCCGGUACCGGGGGAGUCCGGGUUAGUGAAGAGUAACCACCGGGCAGGAGAGCAGCAACAUCUCUCUCUCCAUCUCUCUCCAACUCUCUCAAUAUCUCUCCAUCCAACCUCUCCAAACUUUGGAGAGCUUUUACGCGUCACCGAGGCGCGCUGUGGAUUUUGCCUGAAAAAGUUUGAGCUCAAGAAAAAGUUCCUUCCAGACUUUGUGGAGUCAGAAUGCUCCUUCAGGAGGACCAGCUGCUGCUCCACUGAACACAUGGAGUCCUGUACAGGCAGCGCAGGAGGAGGAGGAGGAGGAGGAGGAAGAGGAAGGUGGAGGCUCCAUCAUGUCGUCCCAGUCGUCCUGCUGUGGAUGAGUCUGCACAGAGACGCGCUGGGCUGCAGCUCCACCAACUGUAACGUGGUGCUGACGGACGCCCAGGGGGAGUUCACGUCGCCCUGCUACCCGCAGAAAUACCCCAACUCGCAGGCCUGUAAGUGGACCAUGCAGGCCCCCGCCGGCUUCAUCAUCCAACUCUCCUUCCUUGACUUUGACCUGGAGGAGGCGCCGGGCUGCAUCUACGACCGGGUGGUGGUGAACACGGGCAACGCGGACGUUAAGUUCUGCGGCCCGACGGCCAACGGGCUGACGCUCAACUCGACGGGGAACGUGAUGGAGCUGUCUUUUACCUCCGACUUCAGCGUGCAGAAGAGGGGGUUCAGUGUUAGCUUCCGACACGUUGCCGUGGCCCUGAGGAACCAGAAGGUCACCAUAUCCAGAGGCAACGGCCAGGUCACCGAGGUCGCCAACUCUGUUUCCAUACCGACGCUCAGUCACCUGACGCUUUGCUUUGAGGUGGAACGCAGCAGCCAGAAACAGAAAGAGUGGAUCUUCACCUACUACGACAGCAGCAACAACGUGGCUCUGAGUCUGGGCUCCGAUCAGUCCGGGAUGAAGAUGAUCGUUGACGGGGUGGUGUGCUCCAUCGACUCCAUCAUCACCUCCGCUGACUUCACCUCCUCCAUGAGGCCUUUCUGUGCGCUCUGGUCCUCAUCCAACGGCCGCGUGGCGGUCUACUUCAACGGGAACUACUGGGCCAAGACCUGCUCCACCUCUAUUGGGCACUCUGUGCCAGCUGGUGGGCAGUUCCGGUUAGGAGGGCAGCACAGCUUCGACGGGAACAUCUAUAACCUGCGUCUGUGGGAUUACGCCAUGACGGUGCAGCAGCUCAACGCGCUGAGCUGCGACAAGGUGGGCAACGUCAUCGACUGGGACAACAGCCACUGGACCAUCCCGUCCGCCAUGGCCCAGACCGACACCACGCUCAGCUGCAGUGUCUCCCCGCCCAGCAACACACCACUCACUACCAGCUGUGACUCCCCCGGACUGGGAUGCCCAGUUCUCCCUCCCAUCACUCCAUCUCCAACCACCAUCCCUACCACUAGCAUGCCACUAACCCCAACCACCAGUACCACCACCACCAGCAGCACAACCAGCUCCUUCUCCUCUGUUACGCCUCCCACUACCAUCACCAUCACCACCAGCGCUGCUACCUCUGCAUCUCCUGCCACUAACGUUGCUUCAGCCAGCAGUACACCAUAUGCCCAACAGACAACCAGCAAUACGCCAACUGCUUCAUCUGCUACCACUAACCACCCAGCUACUAACCCCACAACGCAUGCCUCCUCCGUUCUCCUCUCUUCUGCUGUUUCAUCUCCACAUACAGCUCCAGGAACGACUCCUCCACUGCUGUUAGUAACUACUAACCAUCCAACCACUAACAUAGCUGUCAAUACUGCUUCCUCUUGGGAGGGGUUGUUCUACCGGGUUUCUUUCGUGGUGAAUGACAAGGCCGCGGCGCUGACGCAGGCGGAUGUGGAGCGAGCUGUGGCUCACUGGCUGAAUCAGACCUUUCAGAACUGGACCCAUUCAGUCUACGUAGACUCCAUCAGCGUGCAGCCUGGUCUACAGAGCGGAGGAAACCCGGACAGCUAUACGUGCCGAGCGCUGUUGGUUUAUAAUUACAUCACCAAUGAGAGUCUUGGUGAGGAUGCUGUGUCCGCCCGGCUGACCAGCAGGGAGGGACUGAUGGGGGCCGGCCUGCAGCUCCAGACCGCCUCCACUACCGUCACAUUAAUCGAAAACUGUGAAGAGGAGAACCCGCUCCACUACCGCUGGCCUGAGAGCCGACCCACCGUCACCCAGUACCUGCCCUGCUUCCCCAACAAGGACCAGAGCACCUCCAGGACCUGUUUGCUCAAUCGUCAGAACCUCUCGUCCUAUUGGUCGGCUGCAGACGUCAGUAACUGCACGGACAUCGACGCCAUCGAAGUGUCGGCAGAAAACGCCGCUGAGGUGGCGGUGCAGCUCGCCGUCAUCACCAACAACGAGCUGUCCAAUGAGGAGGUGUCUAAAGUGGUGACGAAGGUGAAGGAGCUGGUAAACGUGGCGAAGAUCAACAGCACGCUGGCCUCCACCGUCAUCACCAUCAUCUCCAACGUCAUGACCAGCUCAGAGACGGCGCUCGCCGCCACCUCCGAGAAAGCUCUGAAGACGGUAGAUGAGUUGGUUCAGAAGAUCGAGUUCGAUGGUCCGUCGAUCAGCAUCACCUCCAGACACCUGGCUCUGGGGAUAUCGGCCCUCAACGCCAGCGUGUUCAACGGGACGUCCUUCAGCGCCUUCAUGCCUCCGAACACCACCGACCCACAGAUUGAUUUUGAGUCAGAGAGGAGUAACCCUUUAGCUCAGGUGACCCUUCCAGCCUCUCUGCUGUCCAGCGUCUCUCUGAGUGAAGCCGACCGGUCGUCUCUGUCCAGGAUCAACUUCAUGUUCUUCAGCAGCACAAACCUGUUCCAGAAAGAGCAGGACGGCCGCUCUCUGAACAGCUACGUGGUGGCGAGCAGCGUGGGGAAUUUCUCCAUCAGUGACCUGACGGAUCCGGUGGAGAUCGAGAUCGCUCACCUGUCUGAACAUGUACAGGCUCACCUGACUCCAGUCUGCAUGUUCUGGGACUUCAGCAUGAACAGUGGAGCUGGAGGCUGGAACGCAGACGGCUGCAGAGCGUCCAAAGAAUCCACCAGCAACAAAACCAUCUGUCUGUGUGACCACCUGACACACUUCGGCAUCCUCAUGGACGUCUCCGGAGCUUCGCCCUACAUCGACGCGAAGAACAACAAGAUCCUGACCUUCAUCACCUACAUUGGCUGCGGCAUCUCAGCCAUCUUCUCCGCCGCCACGCUGCUCACCUACAUCGCCUUCGAGAAACUACGACGUGACUACCCGUCCAAGAUCCUGAUGAACCUCAGCACGUCCUUGUUGUUCCUCAACAUGGUCUUCCUAUUGGACGGCUGGCUGGCCAGUCUGAAGACUCAAUGGGUGUGCCUAUCCGUGGCCAUCUUCCUGCACUACUUCCUGCUGACCUCCUUCACCUGGAUGGGGUUGGAGUCCAUCCACAUGUACAUCGCUCUGGUCAAAGUCUUCAACACCUACAUCCGCCGAUACAUCCUCAAGUUCUGCAUCGUGGGAUGGGGUCUUCCUGCAGUGUUGGUGGGGAUUGUUGUUGCGGUGGAUAAAAACUCGUACGGCUUGCAGGAGUACGGCAAAGGAGAUGGAUCCUCAGAGUUCUGCUGGAUCCAGAACUCGGUGGUCUUUUACAUCACCUGCGUCGUUUACUUCUGUCUGGUGUUUCUGCUGAACGUGGCCAUGUUCAUCGUGGUGAUGCUGCAGAUCUGCGGCCGCAACGGCAAGCGCAGCAACCGCACGCUGCGAGAGGAGGUUCUACGCAACCUGCGGAGCGUCAUCAGCCUCACCUUUCUGCUGGGUAUGACGUGGGGCUUCGCUCUGUUCGCCUGGGGGCCCGUCAGCCUGGCCUUCAUGUACCUGUUCGCCAUCUUCAACUCACUACAAGGUCUGUUCAUAUUUAUCUUCCACUGUGCCAUGAAAGAAAACGUCCAGAAGCAGUGGAGGAGAUACCUCUGCUGUGGCCGAUUCAGACUGUCGGACAACUCAGACUGGAGUAAGACGGCCACCAACAACACCAAGAAGGUGAGCUCAGACAACCUGGGCAAGAGUCUGUCCUCCAGCUCCUUCGGAUCCAGCACCGCUAACUGGACCUCCAAAGCUAAAGCUACACUCAACCCCUUCAGCAAGAGACACAGCAACACAGAUAAAUGUUAUUCCAACCAGACCAGCCCCAAGUGCGUCUCCUCGUGCUCUUCCUCCUCAGAGGUGGAGCCCAACUCCUCUUCCUCCUCGUCCUCCAUCCUCCCCGUCAGCCAGAUGAUCGACAAGGUGAAAGGUUACUGCUCCACGCGCUCCGACAACUUCUACAAGAACAUCAUCAUGUCCGACAGCUUCGCCAACAGCACCAGGUUCUAGAGCUGUCCUCAGUGUUCUGGAGGCAGACCUUCCGGAGCCUCCCCUCCCCCCCUGUGUUUUGGAAUUGUUCUAGAAAAUGUUGUUCAGCGACGGAGGAGGCUUCUGUUACAAAGGUUCCAGUAUGAAGCGUAAGACCGGAACCUGCCUCGCUGUUCUGGAACUGCUCACAUUGUUAUUUAAGGCUUUGCUUUUGUUCUAGAACUGCCACCUUCUACAACACUCUAGAACCUUUUUGUGUUCUUGAAGUACUCCCUAACAUUCUAGAACUCUCGGACAGCCUCAACUGCUGUUUUCUGGAACUGCUCCAAUCAUUCUAGAACUCUUUCCCGCAGCCUCAGCCAGAAAGGACGGAUUUCAGAAUUCUAACAGCCAUUAUCAAAACCCCUCCCAACAUUCUUUCUGAGCAACAUUCUAGAACCUUUCUGGCCCGUCACGGCAGUGGAAGGUGUUCUAGAAUGUUCCGUUUUCCUCCCCACUGUCUCUCUAGAAUGCCUGCAUCCUUCCCGCCAUCCUCGCUUGCCCCUGGAGCGUUGAAUCAGAAUCCCCGUUUCCAUGUUUUGUGUUUGAUCAUGUACAUUGUUAGCCGAAACGGGGGCCCAAGUUUUAACUGUAAUUUAAAUUGGACUGAUUCAAGAUUUGUUCUUUAUAUCAGGUCAUCAAAAUUCAUAAAGAGCUGGUCGGUUUGUGUGACAGAAUUGGGUAGUUCCGUCUUCCUCAGUACCAAUGCAGCAUGUUGUUCAGCUACAUGAUUUAAACCAGAGCUACCAUCUUAAUGCACUGUCUUUGCUUUAUUUUUGCUAAUCUCGAGAGAAUCUGCCUUUUUAUGCAACACGUUCAAAAGGAAGUCUGUGAACUUGCUGCAGCGAACAUCCAGAGCCCAAGCUAAGAAGAUCACGGACAAAGUCCCACAUUAUGGUUUCAAAUCCCCGGGUCUCCUGGAUAAUUAGGGGUGUCUUAUAGAGCUACACGGGGUGGUCAGAGAACGUUGAUGCGAUUCUACUGUAUCAAAACAAAUUACAGAAUGGGCUGACCUCGCUGCCAGACUGUGUUACUAAGAGGAAAUGAAAGGGAGCAGAGCAGAGAGGGGAGGGAGGUAGAUAGAAAAAGAAAAGAAGUUAGUUUUGGUGUUUUUUAAUACUGUGAUGUUUGUUUGAACUGUCCCGUUUGUGCAUGUGUGUGUGUGGAGCCAUAUACCAUGUAAAUAUUGAUGAUCUAUCUAUUCUAUGUGCCUUAUUCUAUAGUGUUAUAUAGUGUGUCCAGAUGGUUGCUUUUGUUCAUGCCUUCACAGGGUCCUGGAAGGGUCACCAGGACUGUACAUACAAACCCAAACAUUCUCCAGCUCCCCACGCUGUGUCGGCACUUUCCACCUCGGUGGGAAACAAGUCAUGGAAAAUCGUAGGAUGGAUGAAAGAAAACGGAAUAGUUUGUCUUCCACCUGAAAGCUACAGACAAGUUGAUCAAUCUGCUUAUUGGUGUAAUUGUUCUGAAUAUCCCAUUAUAAUGUAUAUUAUCAUGAAGCCAAAACGCCCAAGCAUGUUGACACACAUUUUGGAUUUAUAUUGGAAAUAUUUCCAUGUGGCAGAUAAGACAAUCAUACCAUGAGUCGGUGGUUGGCGGCGAAUGGCAGCUGGCCACUGAAGCUCGGCACGGCAGCCAAAGUUUAGCAGUCAUAAAAGCUGUCACACAGCGUGAGGAAAGAAGUUUGUGAUCAGAUAUGAUUUUUAUAUUCAGUAAAUGGUAACAGCUUUGUUUUUACGAUGGCAAAAAAAAAAAGUGCUACAACUUUUCAAUGGAAAACAUUCACUGUUCAUCUGCCAGAGUGAUACUAUCACUUAAAUGGUCAGGUCAUCCAAAUUACAAACUUUAUGUUUUCCCCAUGUGGUGUCUAGCCGUGGGCAUAGUUUGGGUUUUAUCCAGCUUGGCUUUGAGAACGCCCGCCACCACCCAAAUAUCGAAAUACCCAAAUACGAUCGAGGCGGAUAGAAUUUCACUUGUGGUGCUUAAUUAUUCAAAAAAUGGCAUUUGAAGAACUCAACAGCAACAUGUUUUUCCACAAACGAUGUCCUGAUUACUCAGGAUGAUCUGCAGAAAAUAGUUCCCAUUGGAAUGUGUUGACAGCGAGGUCGGUGGAUUAUCCUGAGAAAUAGUUUCUGGAAAAAGACACAUCGCUGUCAAGUUUUCAUGUUUUCAUUAUCUUUACACCACAAGUAAAAUAUUUACGUCAAGCGUACAGGAGUGGUGAAGUGUCUAAAAACCUCAGCAGGGAAAAUAAGUCGUUGCUCGGCUUGAUACCGCAAGCAGUGAGAAUAUCAGCUUUUAUUUUUCUGAUUUGGGGGAACUGACCCUUUAAUGAAACCUAGUUUAUGUACAGUGUUGUCUAAAGCAAUGGGCCCAACCAGGAGCUCUUUUAUUUCAUCAUUUAUCCAAAAUCAUCCACGUUUGUUUAACAGAUAAUUAAUUUAUCGUGUCAAUUUAGAAAAUUUUAUGGCGGCGAUUUGUCCUUUGUUUUACUUUUUCCCUCCAAAAUGUUGACGAAUCAUUCCAAAAGUUAACAGCACCAAUGCAAUGCAGCACGGUUUGCAGAUAUUUUGUUGAAUAGAUUUUGUUUUUUAAGAAAAUGCAUUCAUCGUUUGUAUUUUAUUCGCCCACAGCUGAGCGUCUUCUUUAUUCUUUCCUUUGUCUUUUUUUUUGUCAGCUUUUGAGCAAACCUGAAAUGUUUACUGUGUUUACUAUAAUUUAUUUUCUGGAUGUACAGUUUCUCAGCCUCUUGUUUCAUUUAGUUUAGUUCAACCAGACAAUCAUCUGUACUGGGAGGUGAAGCACGGAGACCUGUUUUUAGAUGACUCAUCAGCGUUGGCUAACCAGACUUCCUUUGUCCACACGGAGCCAACGGCGUUCAACACCAGAACGUUUACUGACUGUCGACCCUGGCCCCAGUUUGUCCUUUCUUUGCCCAGAGUGGUGGGGGUCGUAUUAUCGGGCUUUCAGAAAAAAAGCCCCAGAGACUGUGGGAGAAGAGGGGAGGCGUGUUUGGCGUAGCUCGGUUAUUCUGUUACUCACUGUGCUGGGUUCAGACCCAGAGUGGAAACCAAAGACUGCUUAAUAUACGGCACUAAAUGAAGAUUAAAUACCCUAAAUUAAAAAGGUCUGUUAUCAUUUGGAUAACAUGGUAUCUAAUGUCAAACAUGUUGAUCUCUAUUGUUAUUGUUGGCACUGGUUCAGUGAUAACAGAUGUUUUAAACGCUGCCUGAACAGCAGGAGAAACAACAUAUAAAUGAUCUCCACCUAAAAGGAAGUUAGCCAAAACUAAAUUCAACUAUUUUUCUUUUUUAUCCUCUAUGGACCAGAUCUAUUUGAUUAGGAUUAGGCUGUGGAUGAGUAUUGUACCAGAUAUGUUCUGAUGAGGAUUGUAAUUGAUCUUGGCUUUGAUUGUUUUGUAUUAUAAUUCUUAUUAUUAUUAUUCUGUAAACUCUUUUCCUGCACCAGGUGAUUAUGUUGUUUCAUGGUUUUGUCAGUGAUGUUCUUAUCUGGAAGCUCACUUCAGCAUCUCAACAUUAAAGGGAAUUAAAUUUGAA